UCAGAAAUAAACAGCAAGGUCCCCCUUUGUGCAGUUACGAGGGAAAUAUACUUUCCGGCUCUUCGUUCCAAUGGUUUUGGGUCUCUUGGAACGGCGGCUGUGUGAAGGUUGGCAAGGGCUCCACAGUAGGUGGCUCUCAGAUAAUGCAGUGGUGCGGACUUAACUACAACAUUAACGGCAUCCGCUUUAGCUACGGCUAUGGCAGCGGAGGAACGUUCAUAAUCCCUCUAUCGACUCACUCUUCGCCUCACCACGACUCCUCAAAGACGUCCGAUACCACGAGCCAUAGUCAUUUCGGCACGUCCAAGAGCUCUCACAAUGGCAGGAGUCUUACGUACAAUUGUCCUAUUAGAAGCGGCGGGGUCGACUAUAGACAGUUCAAUCCCUGCAACGAUGGGCUCAAGAUUAACACCAUCACCAGCCUGGCCUUUCAGACCAAGGGAAACAAUGACGCUCACAUCCUUCUUCAAAACAACGCCAACGACUUUGAUAACAAAGUGGUAGAGAUGGUCAUCGGUGGGUGGAGUAACACAAAAUCUGUCAUCAGAAACCAACAGCAAGGCCCUCCUUUGUGCAGUUACGAGGGAAAUAUACUUUCUGGCUCUUCCUUCCGAUGGUUUUGGGUAUCUUGGAGCAGUGGCUGUGUUAAGGUUGGCAAGGGCUCCACCGUAGGCGGAUCGCAGAUAAUGCAGUGGUGUGGACUCAACUACAACAUUAACGGCAUCCGCUUCAGCUACGGCUAUGGCAGCGGAGGAACGUUCAUAAUCCCUCUAUCGACACACUCUUCUUCUCACCACUCUUCGUCACACCACGACACCUCCAAAUCAUCCAAGACUUCCGGUACCUCGGAACACAGUCACUCCAGCUCGACGAAGUCUAGGAAGUACGUUACGAUAGACUGUGACAGCUUGAACUUUGUGUACCAGGUUUGUAACGUCCCCGGUGCGAAGUCAAUCAAUAACGUCCGGCUCAAAGAACAGCGCUCCAAAUCCGAGUGUAAACUGAACUCCAGCUUUGGCUUUGACGGCAAUCACAUCUGGGUCAACAAAGGCUGCAGGGGGCGAUUCAACGUCUGCUACAACUCAUAG